CGGAAUUCAAGUUUGUUUGCGUUGACAUGCUGUUGAGCACCUCAGUCUUCCUUGAUUCUUCGUGCGGUCGUCCAUCCUUAUCAUGCUUCGACUUGCCGCGACUCGCUGUGUUGGGUGUAUUGCUCGUACCAAUGCGACACAAGCAAGGGUUCGAUUGACGAUCACUCAGUCCGUCCGAUACAAGUCGGAUGAUCCUCUGAAGGCCGUCCGUGAAACUCGCGAUAAGCUACAGAAGGACUGGGAUGCACCCGUGCUCACAUACGAGCAAGUCAAAGCCAAGAGUCAGCAGCCGAGCCCGAACUCUUACUUGAUAGAUGUUCGCGAACCAGAUGAGGUUGUGCAGGGAUCCAUUCCUUCUGCCGUCAACUUGCCCCUUUCCACUAUUGCCGCGGAUCUCAACCUUGAUGCCGCUGCGUUCAAAGAGAAGUAUGGGUUUGAGAAGCCGAAGAAAGACCAAGAAUUAAUUUUUUACUGCCGGAGUGGUAAACGGAGUGCAUCAGCAGCGGAUGUAGCGAAAAGAAAUGGAUUCACGAACAUCUUCAACUACUCAGGUUCAUGGUUGGAUUGGAUAGCUCGGGAAGGGGUUAAGGGUGCUUCAUGAAGCACCCUUACUAGAGCGAGCGACCGUCAACUCCGGGGCGUGCAUUCAGUAUCGCGUAGAACUUUGUGUCGCGCAGAAGUCUGCAUAAUCUGAGGAGUAACGAUAUCAUCAGCACGGUAGCGGCACGCAUUACCCCACACACACUUUUCAAUCCCACUUCUGUUUGCUCUCGCUACAUUUCUCUCACUGC